AUGGAGAAGUUUAACCACACCGUGACUGAAUUCAUCCUGGUUGGUUUCACCCAAGAUCCUGUGAUACAGCUGGUACUCUUUGUCCUUUUUCUCAUGGUGUACUCUGUAACAGUGGUGGGAAACAUCACUCUGAUAGUGUUAAUCUGCACUGACUCCCGACUGCACACACCCAUGUAUUUCUUUAUUGGGAACCUGUCUUUUUUGGAUCUCUGGUAUUCCACUGUUUAUACUCCCAAAAUCAUGGUGACUUGUGUGUCUGAGGACAAGAGCAUCUCCUUUGCUGGGUGUGUGGCUCAAUUUUUCUUCUCAGGUGGGCUGGCUUACAGUGAAUGCUACCUGUUGGCUGCCAUGGCAUAUGACCGCUACAUGGCCAUCUCCAAACCACUGCUCUAUGCUCAAGUCAUGACUAGAGGGAUAUGUGUGGGACUUGUAGCAGCUUCAUAUCUUGGAGCCUUUGUUAUCUGUGGCAUCUUUACACAUGAAACAUUCACCAUGCCUUUCUGUGGGGAUAAUGUUAUUAAUGACUUCUUUUGUGACCUACCACCUCUGGUAAAGCUGGCAUGUGAUGUAAAGGCCAGAUACCACAUUUUGCUUUAUUUUGUGUUAGCUUCCAAUGUCCUUACACCCAUCGUGUUCAUUUUGGCCUCUUAUUUUUUCAUCAUUGUUGCCAUCUUGAGGAUUCGCUCUACCCAGGGUCAACUCAAAGCCUUCUCUACCUGUUCUUCCCACUUAAUUUCUGUCACAUUGUACUUUGGGUCCAUUCUUUAUAUUUAUUAUCGUCCCAGUUCUAGUUAUUCCCUACAGCAGGAUAAAAUUGUUUCCUUAUUUUAUACUGUGGUCUUCCCCAUGUUGAAUCCCAUGAUCUACAGUCUGAGGAACAAGGAUGUGAAAGAAGCUCUGAAAAAACUUUUAAAGACAUCA